UAUUUCCUAUUUUCCCCAAUCUCCACUGUCACUGUUUUCACUUUUCAGUCGUGGAACACCCCGAACUCCCCAAGUUCACCCGUACCUUACAUUCACCACCCCCCUCUCAGCCCACGCCUUCGACACCGUCCUAAGCUACCGAAAGUGGCGGCGGCACCAGCACCAGCACCAGCACCAGCACCAGCAAUCUUCUCCUCUUCUUUCCCCUCUCCCGCAGGCCCACUUAUUGAAGGAAUAACAACUGGCAGCGACUUACGUCUCUUUUCAGUGUAAUUUAUAGCAUGGACGAUGAUAGGCAGCAGUUGUCAUCGGCAGUGCUGCAGUGGUCGCAAUGGCAGGGGUGGAAGAGGGGGAUUUUUCUUGGUGCUUUGGUUUUUGGUCGGGUGCUAAUAUUUUCCGGUUGUUCAACAGAAACAAACUGACAAACAGAGAGACAACGCAACUUCCGGUCUUCCGCAGUUUCUCCUCCUGGCCUCCCUCUUCGUACGGACCUCAAUUUGUUAGGGGUUUGAACCAGCGGGCAACGCUAAUCUCAUUCCAGUGGGUGGUGGCAGCAAUCUACAACUAGAUUCUUCUUCUUCCUCUUCCAGGAUGAACGAACAUUCCCCAAAUAGUGAGGAUCUCAUUGAAGAAAUGGAAGACCAAGAAGAUAACGGCGAUGAGCUGUUUGAAAAUGAAGGUCAUGACCAUGAGAGUGAAGGCCACCAUGGAUUUGGAAUUGAGAGCGAUGAUCAUGAGAAUGACGGUGAACAAUUCUUGAUUGAUGCCAAUAUACACGAAGAAAGUGAGCAGGGGCUUGAGCUUGAAGGUGAAGACCACUGCAGUGAUAGUCAGCAGUUCCUUGAGGUGAGGGUUCAUAAUGCAGAAAAUGAGACCUUUCAUAUGCUUGAUCUUCAUGCCAAUGACGAGGUGCAUAACCUAGGAAAUAAUACAAUGGGCGUAGAUGAUGAAGAUGGCUUAUCUAAAGAGAGAUAUUACCAUCCGCCCACCGUGGGAAUGGAAUUCGAGUCCUAUGAUGAUGCUUAUAACUACUAUAACUGCUAUGCUAAGGAAUUGGGCUUUGCUAUCAGAGUGAAAUCGUCAUGGACAAAACGCAACAGCAAAGAAAAGCGUGGUGCAGUACUCUGCUGCAAUUGCGAGGGUUUCAAAACAUUCAAAGAGGCAUCCUGCCGGAGGAAGGAAACAAGGACAGGUUGUCUAGCAAUGAUGAGGUUGAGGUUGGUGGAAACAAAUAGGUGGAGAAUCGAUGAAGCUAAACUUGAACACAACCAUUUAUUUGAUCCUGAGAGGGUGCAGAACUCCAAGUCACACAAGAAAAUGGAAGUAAGCUUAAAAAGAGACUUAGAGCCAACUGUUGAUGUAGAAGUGCGAACCAUUAAGUUGUACCGUACUUCUGUAGUUGAUGCAGCAAGUUCUUGGAAUUUAACCUCUAGGGGGGGCGAUAAGGAUAACCACAUUCAGCCCCGCUUCUUAAAGCUUAAAUCUGGAGAUUCACAAGCCAUGCACAAUUAUUUUUGUCAGAAACAGCUUACAAGUCCAAAUUUCUUUUACAUUAUGGAUUUGAAUGAUGAAGGUCAAUUGAGGAAUGUAUUUUGGAUAGAUUCCCCGGCAAGGGCUGGAUACAGUUACUUUGGAGAUGUUGUGGUUGUUGACACAACAUGUUUGUCAAAUAAAUAUGAAAUUCCACUUGUGGCUUUCACCGGGAUAAAUCACCAUGGGCAGUCUAUCUUGCUUGGUUGUGCUUUCAUUGCAGAAGACACUGUGGAAACUUAUGUAUGGCUGUUUAGAACAUGGCUUACAUGUAUGUUAGGGCACCCUCCUCAAACUAUUGUCACAGACCGAUUCAAGGCCAUCCAAAUUGCGAUAUCUGAAGUAUUUCCUCGGGCCCACCAUCGAUUUUGGUUGCCACUUGUGAUGCAAAGUAUUAUUCUCAACUUGGGCCAACUACAAGAAUUUGAAGCAUUUCAGUCAAUCUUGAGUAGAACAGUCUACAAUUCUCUGAAAAUCGACGAAUUUGAGACUUCAUGGGAUAACAUGAUAGAUAGAUUUGGCAUUAGGGAUCAUGAAUGGCUUCGUGUCUGGUAUGAAGAUCGAGAAAAGUGGGCCCCAGCUUACCAGAAAGACACAUUUCUUGCAGGACUAUUUGCUGUUCAAACAGGUGAGUCCUUCAAUCCCUUUUUUGCUGCUCAUAUCCAUGAAAAAACCUCCGUACAAGAAUUUUUUGACUUGUAUGAUGUUAUGACACAAAAGAUACGACUAAAGGAAACACUCGAUGAUCUUGAGUCCAGCGAAUCCAACCUCUUGUUAAGAACAAGAUGCUACUAUGAGCUACAACUAUCCAAAUUUUAUACUAAAAGAAUAUUUGAAAAAUUCCAAGUCGAAGUUGAGAUGAUGUCUUGUUGUGUGACCAUCAACCAAGUUCAUACCUCUGGGCCGGUCACAACAUAUGUGGUGAAAGAACACGAGGGAAGUUUUGAGGUGAUGUAUGAUAAAACAGCAGUUGAAGUACGGUGUGUUUGUGCUGGAUUUUACCUAAAUGGUUAUCUUUGCAGGCAUUCGUUGAGCAUCCUCAGCCACAAUGGUGUGGAGGAGAUACCGUUCUCUUAUAUUCUUCAAAGAUGGAGGAAGGAUUGCAAGCACUUUUAUGUACCAGAUGUUAGUUCUAUUGAUAUUAUUGAUGUUACCAAUCCAACUCAAUGGUAUGAACAUUUGCAUAAACGAGCAAUGCAGGUAGUUGAAGCAGGUAUGGUAUCACGAGAUCAUUACAUGGUGGCUUGGCAAUCUUUUAUUGAGUCCUUGAACAAAGUCCGCCUUACGGAAGAGAAGCAUAUAUGAUGAUAUGUCAUAUCCACCCAUAACUCGCCUCGAAUCCGGAUUAGCCCUAAAGGUGAACCAGAUGGUAACACCAAAAGAAAUGAUAUGUGAAUUAUUUUAGAUGUAAAGUUCUUGCCAAUAUGUUCAUCCCAUGGGCAACUUGUACUUCUUGUCUUGGUGUUAUAGUGUAGCUUGUGGCGUGCAUUUAAAAAAUGUUUUUACCAAGGUUUGAACUUGAGACCAUCCCAAACUAAAUUGGAUGUUAAAUCAUCUUAAGUUCUUAACCAAUUUGUUAAUUAUGCUUUCUUAAUUCACUAAUAUAUGUUUAAGUUCCUUUGAUGACGGUUUGGUUAUACUAAUUAAUACAGAAUUUUCUUUUACUUUUA